AUGGGGAGAUCCCCCCGCCUGCUGCUACUCGCGGCGCUCCUCUCGGCGGUCGUCGCCGCCGUCGGGCCGCAGCCGGGGGCGCCGUGCGAGCCCACGCUGCUCGCGGCGCAGGUCGCGCUCUUCUGCGCGCCCGGCAUGGCCACCGCGCAGUGCUGCGAGCCCGUCCUUCUCGUCGUCGACCUCGGCGUCCCAUGCCUCUGCCGCGUCGCCGCGGUGCCGCAGCUCGCCAUGGCGGGCCUCGACGCCGGCCACCUCCUCACGCUCUACAGAUCCUGCGGCGUUCUCCGUCCCGGCGUCGCGCACCUCGGCUCCGCCGCCUGCGAAGGACCCGCUCCCCCGGCCGCCGUCGUCAGCAGCCCCCCACCCCCGACACCGUCGCCCGCACCUCGCCGCGAGCAGCCAGCGCACGACGCACCGCCGCCGUCGUCCCCACUGCCGGUCCAGGAGCACGACGGCACGGCCCCCCACGCCAAGGUCGCCCCCGCCCAGCCGUGUACUUCCCCGCUCGCACCCGCUGCUGCCACUGCCCCGCCGCCCCUGCCACGGCACUCCGCUGCAGCGUCGUCCAAGGCGGCCUUCAUCUUCGUCGCCACAGCCAUGCGUAUGAACCUCCUCCCCCCUAUCUCUGCUCCAUUGGCAGUUCUAAUUUGUUACCACGGUGGGUUUGGACACACUCGCAGGACCAACUCCCCCUGCUGCAGCCGUCAGCAGCCCCCCACCUCCCUCGCGCACCAAGCAGCAGCCAGUAGCGCCAUCGCCGUCGCCGUCGCCGUCUAG